AGGAAAUAAACUCCAAACAUAACCCAACCAAGUAGUCUCUGUCAGCUGUCUGUUUACGAUAUGAUGCGUACCCGGAAAGUUGAUUAUUCCCAUUUUUUAACGCCCACUUGAAGUUUUUCGCGUAAUCCCAAAGAGCCGAUAUCGGGUCAAAACGGUGCGCCACGUGUUUCCUCGUCAAGGUGUCGCUGAAACAUCGGAUUCACACGUAAGCAUCGCAUCAUAAGUAUACAUUUUCUUGUUGCGCUAUCUCUCAACCUGUUGAUUGAGCUCAAUCGGAUCAUGAUGCGAUCCUUGCAUCGUACUUCCAGCGUAAAAUGCAAAUUCGAUGAAUCGUUUCUGGCCUUGGAAAAUAAUAGUGUUCUCUGCGUUAUUUAACACGUUUAUUACUUUUUCACCAUUGAAUUAACGCUCUGUAUAGGACUAGGCAUUUUUGCACAAUAUGGAUAAGCUGAAGAGCUUUUUUAAUGGGGAAGAGGAUACGCAGGAGGAACAAAAUGGAAUCAUCGCACAGGUUUCAGAUUCCAUGAAACUAAGUAAAACUACCAGAAUAAAGGGCUUUAUCAUAUGUUUUGUUGUUGGUAUACUUCUAUCAAUACUUGGUUCAUUUGCUUUAUUUUUGAAGGGAGGUUUAACAAUUUACGCUAUUUUUUAUACACUUGGAAAUAUUACUUCAUUAGGAAGUACCUGUUUUUUGAUGGGACCAGUUAAUCAACUGAAGAAAAUGUUUGCAGCCACAAGAGUUAUUGCUACUAUAAUGAUUUUUGUUUCAAUCGCAUUAACACUUUAUGCUGCACUUGGACUCCACAAUGCGGGACUAGCCUUAUUAUUUAUUAUUAUUCAAUCAUUGGCUAUGCUUUGGUAUUCCUUAUCAUAUAUACCAUAUGCUAGGGAUGCUGUGAAGAAAACUAUUGAAUCAUGCAUAGCAUAAAUGCAUGUAUAUUUCAAUUUUGCAUUCUUGAAACCCAAUGAUCAUAAAAAUGAAACAUACUAAAACAAUAACUGUCCACUGGAAAACAAAAAAGUAAAGGCAAACAAAUUUUUACAAAUUUUCCAAGUAUAUAUUUAAAUUACAGAGUUCAAAGUGCCUGAUGUAACAUGUGAAGUUUAUAAAUGUUAUAUAAUCUGUUUUUAUAAUGAGUUGUCAAUUGUGUCUAGCAACAAAGGCUUAAACAGUGCCUAAUAAUACUGCUAUCGGUCAUUAAUAUAAUUUAAAAAUUUAUUCUAUACACGAGAAAAAAUUUAUCCUCAGAGGGUUGAGUUGAUCAUGAUAAUAAAUGGUAUGAAUCUAUGUUGGUAUUGAGCUGGUUAAUUUUAGUAAAUUUUUACAGUCAAUAAAAUAAAACCUUUUUACAGCUAUGAAGCUUGAUUUAAAUAAUUAUUUACUAUAUAUUAUGCUUAUUUAGUAUUACAAUUGCACAGUAUGAAUAUAAAUAGUAGAUCUUAGCAAAUAUAAUUUUUUAUACGAUUACUGAAGAAUAUAUUUGCAAAAGAGGAAUUGAUAGAUAAUGCAUAUCUUACACAACUUGAAGCGGUAGUAAGUGCAUAAAAACUAUUUAUUUACAGGCUUUGGCAUACCUCAUACACCUUCUGAAAUACUCUUUUAUAAGUUUAAGGCAUAAAAGUAAUGGAUAAUUUCUAUUGACGGUAAAAAUUUACUUAAAAUAAGCAAUACCAACUAAAAUUAGUAUCCAAACGGAAAAAAUGUAUCUACAUAAUGUUUAAGUCAUAAGUUAUUUUAAUCUAUAAUGGAUGAAUAGGCUUCCAAUUAAAAAAUACUAUUUACAACAGCGCAAUCGCGCAACGCAAAUCAAGUAUUUCAAAGAUUUAUAUUACUAACGUGCAAAGUUUUUGCAGAAAUUGUAUAGUACUUACAUGUAAGUUAAACACGUUAUAAUGUACACGAUGUUUAUGCAAAAUGGAACUGAUAUUAUUUCAAAAAUGUUCGUUAAGCAUUUAUUUUUCAAAUUUCUAUCAAUAGCCCAAUACAUGGUUUAUUACUAA